UCUCGUACCCAGGGAAUCUCGUACCCAGCCAGACUGCUAAGAAGGGUUAUUAACAUUUUGAACAUUUUAUUAGACAUUUGAUCUCCAAUAGUCCGAAUAGACCCUCUUGUACACGUCUGAGGCUGUAACUGCAAAGAAGAAUCUCCAGUGAUGUUUGCUGAAGGAUCCAGUAUAUGUUGUAUUCUGACUGGUGCAAGUCAGGGCUUUGGAGCUGCCAUUGCUGUUGACAUUGCAAAACAAGCUGUAAAAACCAAGAAUCCUAUGACAUUCAUCCUUACAGCACGGUCCAUAGAAGGCUUGGAAAAAACGAAAACAGCAGUUGAACAAAUACAUUCUUCCGCAAAAGUUCAUUGUGUAUCAGCUGAUCUUGAAGAUAUUUCAACUAUUUCUUCUUCUUUGAAGAUCAUCUUUGAAAAGGUGAACCCUCCAGAUUUCAGCACUGCCUUGCUUAUAAACAAUGCUGCCAAACUUGGAGAUAUAUCAAAGAGAAUCCAAGACUUUGAAGACCCCAAAGAGUUGCAGGAUAUGUUUAACCUCAAUGUGACCUCACAAUUUUUCUUAAUGUCAAAUUUCAUAAAAACUUUUGCUGAUGUGAAAAGAUAUGUUGUGAAUAUUUCAUCAUUGUUUGCCAUACAAGAAGCUGCAGGAUUUUCAUUAUACUGCACUUCAAAAGCAGCAAGCGAGAUGGCACACAAAGUGAUGGCUGCAGAGGAGCCUGACGUGAGAGUACUAUGUUAUGCACCAGGACCUCUUGAUACUGACAUGAAUGAUAAGAUAUUGGCAACUGCUAGAAAUAAGGAAGUCAAGAACUUGCUUAAAAAGGAAAAUGUUCUCCAACCGGAACAGUCGUCGGCCCAAUUGAUCAAUCUUUUGUUGGAGGACAAGUUCAAAUCUGGAGAACACAUUGAUUAUUUUGACUGCUCAAAAAAUUGUAUAAGUAGUGACUAACAGUCAAAUUAAAGCAAAAGAAGACAAUGGGA